AUGUCUGCAUCUAUACCUCAGAAUGACGAUCCUUUAGGUGAUCAAGAUGCUGCUACCAGACUUAGAAACCACGGUGUUUCAUCUGCAUCAGCUUCUGCAGCAGCAGCAGCAGCAGCAGCAGCAGUGUCUGCAGUGUCUGCAUCUCCUUUACUUGGCGGUUUGCCUAAAAAGAGACUCAGAAAGUCUCCUACUUGCUCCAAAAUCUCUAAAGCGUCUUGCGUUAAGCUUCGCUCCGCUCCAAUAUCAAAGCGCUUCCGCAGUCGCUCUUUGCCUAACAUAUGGAUCCCUUCUUCUCGCCAGACCGACUUGCUUCUAACUGAUUUGUCUAGACGUCCUGGCUUAAGUGCUAAGGGCGGCGCCAACCUAAUCGAAAGUGACGUCUCUCAGUGUACGUCAAAUUCUGCUCCCCAAAUUCACUCUGACAUCUCUCAAGCAUUAUCAGCAUCAUCCUCUAUUCAUCGUCGUCAUCGUUGCCGUCAUCAUCCAUCUUCCCGUGGAUUUGGAUCCACUGCCACAUCUGGCACCUCCUCAACAUUAGUUUUAGGUUCGCGCACUGCCACACUUACACACCAGUUCAUCACCAGGCAACAGCUUUUAAUGCCACCAGUCAACCUUCAGUCCAUGCAUGAAAUCGAUCUUCACGAGGUUUUGAAGAAUCCACAACUUCGUCACGACAUUCUAUUUGAUCCGCAACUUCAAUUCCGGCCAAAUAUCGAUGGUGAACGUGGCAAGAGAAAGAAAACACAGGCAGACACCUAUUGGAGCUUCAUCAGAGGUGAAAUCAAGUCACUACUUGCUGAUUCAAAUCCGAAACCGCUAACUACUGGAUCUCCAAUCACUGUGAUGUUCCAAGCCCUCAAGAGUAUCCUUCUUAGUCUCAUUCCUUCCAAGGACAAGGCGUCCGUCGAAGACAUUUUGGACAUGAAGUUGAUCUUGCAGCAGCUUAACAGUCAUUGCUUUGACUUUACAAGUUUUGCUGACUGGAUAAGUUCCGCUCUCAAGCAUCAUUGUGCUCCAAUGAGGGACGUCUGGGUCGAUAACAUGAACGCAAUCUUUCAAAGUGCCUGUGAGAACGGAACAGAUGGAACACCACCUACUCUUGAUGUCGACCGUCUUGUUGAUGGUCUUCGUAUGGUCUUCUCCAUUCUUGAGGCGAUGAAAUUAGACGUGGCCAACCACCAAAUCCGGAUUUUACGGCCGCUCUUGUGCUCCACCGCAGUUUCUUUUGAAAAAGAGUACUUCAAUAACGCAUUGAAAAGGGGUAAAGUCAAUUUUACCUUGGCCUUGCUCUGGUUCAAAAAAAACAGUAUCGUGUGCCGUUCGUCAAACGUCCGCGAGGUACUCAACUUUGCAUCCUUACAUCUUCUUUCGUGCUCUUCCAUGUGCUCGGAGUUCCCGAACACUUUAGCCUUUGAUCAUUCUCGUUUGGUUGUCCUUCGUGCAGACAUCAGACAUCUCAUUUGUACCAAGCUUUGCACCAUUCUUUACAAAAAUCUUGUGAUGCAGUAUGCCAAGUCUCGCUUCAGAGACCUCUGUAGUACUGCUCACAUGUUUGAACUUAAAAAGGAAAUCCUUAACAUCAUAGUGGAUGAAAACGGGAACUCCAAAUGGACCCGCAACUUGCACAAUCUUGCUGUUCAUCUUACCUUCAAGUUAUUUGGUAACUUGAACGCUCAAAAGGUUGACUUCUGCUUCAACUGGCUUCUCGCCCAGACACAACCUUCUUCCAAAGUGUACACUUUACUCGAACAGACCCUUUUUGAAAAGAUUCUUAAGGCCUUAAACGAGGGUACUGUUUCGCAGAUCGAAGAUGACUGCUUAAUAAACGAGGAACUAAAGAAUGUUGCCGAGAGACUUAACCAACUGAUUGAGUUAAACUACAAUGUGUUUGGCGAGAUCUAUGGAAGCUAUCUCGAUUAA